GCCGGGACUGGGUCCCUGCUCCCGCCCCGUACAAAGCACCUCCCGGAGCGGGGGGGACGCUUCAUGUUUGUGUGCGCCCGAGCACCGCGGCGGACAUGGCGGAGGCGGCGGGGGGCCCCAGGCCCGGCAGAGCCCGCGCGGCGCCCACCAACAUACUGCAGCAGCUGCGGUACGGGCAGCUCAGCGGCUGCGGCCUGACGCGGGGGACGCAGAUCACAGAGGCCUUGUUAAAGGAAAGAGAUAAACAAGCAAAAUGGAGUGGGAUUCCCUUGCUGCUGCAGAAGCUGUAUCAACAUAGCCACCCAAACAGCGAUUUCUCCCAGUGCCAAAGCAUCUUAAAGGAAAUUUCCCCACUUCUUUCAAUGGAAGCAGUGGCAUCUGUUACAGAAGAUAAAAAAGCUGCUCAAGAGUCCACUUUCCCAAAUACAUACACGUUUGACUUAUUUGGAGGAGUCGAUCUUUUAGUAGAAAUUCUCAUGAGACCAACUCUUAUCACACAGAAAAAGAAACAGAAAAUAAGCGAUGACCUGAUCAAGGACUGUUUAAGCAUACUGUACAACACAUGUAUAUGUACGGAAGGAGUCACAAGGCGAUUGGCGGAAAGAAACGACUUUGUGUUGUUCCUGUUUACACUGAUGACAAACAAAAAGACAUUCCUGCAAACUGCAACGCUCAUUGAAGAUAUCCUGGGAGUGAAAAAGGAAAUGAUCCAACUGGAUGAUAUUCCCAAUCUUGGGAGCCUGGUGUCCAGUUUUGAUCAGCAGCAGCUUGCGAACUUCUGCAGGAUCCUUGCUGUCACCAUUUCAGAACUUGACCCAGGCAGUGAUGACAAGCACACGCUGCUUGCCAAAAAUGCCCAGCAGAAAAAAAACUUGGGUCCUUCUCGAGCUGAAAUUAAUCAAGCUACACUUCUGAAUAUUCCAGGCUUCAUUGAGCGCUUGUGCAAACUGGCAACACGGAAGGUGUCUGAAACAACAGGUACUUCUAGCUUCCUCCAGGAGUUGGAAGAAUGGUACACCUGGCUGGGGCUGGACAAUGCACUAGUGCUUGAUACACUGAUGAGAGUGGCAAAUGAAGAGGCAGAGCAGAGCAGUACAGAAUCUUCAGAUGAGAGUGGCUUAGCCAACACCUCGACACGAGCACAGCUUCCACAGCCCAUGAAGAUCAUGCACGAGAUCAUGUAUAAGCUGGAGGUGUUGUAUGUUCUUUGUGUGCUGCUCAUGGGGAGACAGAGGAAUCAGGUUCAUAAAAUGAUAGCAGAGUUCAAACUGAUUCCUGGUCUCAAUAACUUGUUUGACAAACUGAUCUGGAGAAAGCAUUCAGCAUCAGCCCUGGUUCUGCAUGGACACAACCAGAAUUGUGAUUGUAGCCCAGACAUUACUUUGAAGAUCCAGUUCUUGAGGCUUCUUCAGAGCUUUAGUGAUCACCAUGAGAACAAGUAUCUGCUUUUAAACAGCCAAGAACUCAACGAGCUGAGUGCAAUCUCCCAUAAAGCCAACAUCCCUGAAGUUGAUGCAGUUGUCAACACAGACAGGAGUCUUGUCUGUGAUGGGAAAAGGGGUUUGUUGACCAGACUGCUUCAGGUUAUGAAGAAGGAACCGGCUGAAUCCUCCUUCAGGUUUUGGCAAGCGAGGGCAGUUGAAAGUUUUCUGCGGGGGACCACCUCCUAUGCAGACCAGAUCUUCCUGCUGAAGAGAGGACUCCUGGAGCAUAUUCUCUACUGCAUUGUUGAUAGUGAGUGCAAAUCACGAGAUGUGCUUCAGAGUUACUUUGACCUUCUGGGAGAGCUGAUGAAAUUCAAUAUUGAUGCAUUCAAGAGGUUCAACAAGUACAUCAACACAGAUGAGAAGUUCCAGAUAUUUUUAAAUCAGAUCAACAGUUCACUGGUUGACUCAAACAUGCUUGUUCGCUGCAUUACCCUGUCCCUGGACCGAUUUGAGAAUCAGUCUGAUGCUAAAGUUGCAGAAGUCCUGUCAGAGUGCCGCCUGUUGUCAUAUAUGUCCCAGAUGUCCAUGAGAAUGUCCUUUCUUUUCCGUCUCAUUAAUAUUAUUCAUGUACAGACACUUACACAGGAAAAUGUCAGUUGUUUGAACACAAGUUUAGUUAUCCUAAUGCUGGCCCGAAGGAAAGAAAAGCUGCCUUUUUAUCUGCACACUUUGCAACAGAUGGAGUACACAGAAAAAUACCCAGGCUUCAUCCUGAACAACUUCCACAGUCUCCUGCGAUUCUGGCAGCAGCAUUACCUCAACAAGGAUAAAGACAGCACCUGCUUAGAAAAUAGCUCAUGUAUUAGUUUUGCCUACUGGAAAGAGACUGUAUCUAUACUGCUCAGUCCAGACCGGACAUCCCCCUGUGCCAUAGUUAGCUACAUCGACGAGGCGUAUAUGGACGUUGACAGAGACUUUGCUGAGGAGUAACUCUUCACUCCAGAUUCUGAUGGACAGUGCUUGGAGGGUCCCUCACAGCCCAUGGAUUUUCAGGGAUAUGCUGUGGAGUGUGUGUGUGUGCACGGCUUGGAACCGUGGAGCAUUGUCCCAACCCCAGCCCCCCCCAUCCCCAUCUCUGAUCUCUAACAGAUGAGACUCUGAGAGCUCUCUGGGUAACACAUUCAGGGAUGUAUCUUCCAGCUGUUCUGGGAUAAAAACCAUUACCUGCAAAAA